GCGGAGGCGGUGAAGACAUCGAGUGAGGAGGAGUUGCGAACGGCGAGCUAAUAUCUGUGUUCAUUUUAAACUGUAUUGGCAGCUGAAGUACGCGGUAUCGUGUGGAGUAUAAUAUCUGAAGAAGUUUGUUGUCACCUCUUUGCACGAUACAUAUAUUUUUGUAACAUGGGUAACUGUUAUACUGUUGGACCAAACGAAGCCCUUGUGGUCUCAGGUGGCUGUUCCGGCUCGAAUGAGAAGGCCUAUAUUGUGGGUGGAUGGGCCUGGGCAUGGUGGUGUGUCACAGACACUCAGCGGAUCACGCUGGAGAUCAUGACCCUGCAGCCCAAGUGUGAGGACGUGGAGACGGCCGAGGGCGUGGCCCUAACUGUCACCGGGGUGGCACAGAUUAAAAUAAUGACUGACAUCGAUCUGCUGGCCAUCGCCUGCGAGCAGUUUCUGGGCAAAUCCGUGCUGGAGAUCAAAAGCGUGGUUCUGCAAACGUUGGAGGGGCAUUUACGCUCCAUCUUGGGCACCCUGACAGUGGAGCAGAUCUACCAGGACAGGGACCAGUUCGCCAUGCUGGUGCGGGAGGUGGCUGCACCAGACGUCGGCCGCAUGGGCAUCGAGAUCCUCAGCUUCACCAUCAAGGAUGUGUACGACAAGGUGCAUUACCUGAGCUCCCUGGGGAAGACCCAGACAGCUGCGGUCCAGAGGGAUGCUGAUAUCGGUGUCGCAGAGGCAGAAAGGGAUGCUGGGAUCAGGGAAGCUGAGUGCAAGAAGGAGAUGUUGGACAUCAAAUUCUUGGCUGACACCAAAAUGGCUGACUCCAAACGAGAGCUGGAAUUGCAGAAGGCGGCUUUCAACCAGGAAGUUAACACAAAGAAAGCGGAAUGCCAGCUGGCCUACGAGCUGCAGGCUGCCAAGGAGCAGCAGAAGAUCCGGCUGGAGGAGAUCGAGAUCGAGGUGGUGCAGCGGAGGAAGCAGAUCACCAUCGAGGAGAAGGAGAUCGUCAGGACCGAGCGGGAGCUGGUCGCCAUGGUGAUGCGGCCCGCCGAGGCGGAGGCCUUCAAGAUCCAGCAGCUGGCCGAGGGCCAGAAGACGAAGAGGGUGCUGCUGGCCCAGGCGGAGGCGGAGAAGAUCCGGCGGAUAGGCGAGGCGGAGGCCGGCUCCAUCGAGGUGGUGGGGAAGGCGGAGGCCGAGAAGAUGAGGCUGAAGGCCGAGGCCUACCAGAAGUAUGGAGACGCGGCCAAGACCGCCCUGGUCCUGGAGGCCCUGCCGGAGAUCGCUGCCAAGGUUGCGGCUCCACUGGCCAGAACCACCGAGAUCGUCAUCCUGAGCGGGGAGGGGAACCGCAUGACCCAGGACAUCAACAGGCUCCUGGCCGAGGUGCCCGUGUCCGUCAACGCCCUCACUGGAGUGGACCUGACCAAGAUCCCUUUACUGCAGAAGCUUACCGGCGCUCAAGCCUGAAGACAAUCUAUACUACUCUGCUGAAACAUUAUAUGCACUCACGUCGACUGCCUUCAAACACCUUUUUUUUCCCCCCAACUUAACAAGUGGAUUUUUUAGACCUCUGGUGCCUUAAUGUUUUUUUUUUUUUUUUGUAGGACCAGAAUAUGGCAUGUGCCAGUACUUUCUUGUUUUGGUUUAAAAUUGACUUGGACUAUUUCUAUCAUUGGGGGUCGGGGGAUGAAGUGAAGCAAAAUGGAAGCAGUGUGGAAAAACAGGACCUGCUUCCGUUUCAAAAUUAGUGGUAAUGUUGGAAAGUCUCAGUCUGUCUGAAUGCCAGUUAUACUAUCUCUUGUGUUGUCAAAACAGAAAAGGUAAUUUCGUCUUACAGGUUAGUGUUGUCUCUUACCUGAGGGUAGGAGUCUGCUUCAACUGUUUGUCCCGCCUUUGCCGUGAGUUUGAAGUCCACUACGCAAAGUCAAAGUUUACUUUCUUUUACUUUUUCUUUUGCCAAGGAAGCUCGACGCGGUGAGCUGGGUGGCGGUCAUACUGAGAUCCCAAGGUCAAGGCAUUGUUUUUACCCUUAAAGAAACGACUCUCAUUUAAGUUUGUCCGUCAGCCUACCUCUUCCGAAGGGAUAGUCGCACGUCACCUUUAGGAGCUUCCAGAAGACCGGCUCCGAGCGUCUUUACACCCCACUAAACUUUGGGUUAUAAUUAUAACUGCAGGUAAAAUUGGCUGCUAGAUCUACAAAUUCAUGAUGAAGUAGAGAAUAGAAUAUAGUUGGCUCUUCCGAGCUUGAUAUACUUUGUAUCUGAGAUAUCACAGCAGGUAAAAUUACCCGGGCCACUGCAUUUCUGGCCUGUCGGUAUGUUUUCAGUUGUUACCCAGGACACUCUGAUUCUCAUCUAUGAGGUGUUGAAAUAGUUGAUACUUGCCUUACCUCAGAAUAGCCCUUUGAAUCAACCCGCAGUGUUUUGGGUUAGUGUGUGGGAAUGCGACUCUUUCGGAGGGCGCGACUGCUCAGUUUACUCCGUGCUGCGGUGCUAAAGGUGCUACCGGUGCGUGUGCGUCCUUGGUGUAGCCGUUGCCAUGGUACGUGCUCAAAAUGGUCGCCCGUAACUGUGCUCUGUCCUCGUCGCCUUUCGCAUCGUUGAGCACUCUGUACAAACUUCAUAAACGUCAAUUUCCUGCUGGCGUAUUUUGGCCCGGAAAAAUGUACAGCCUCGGGUUUUGGGAAGGAAAUUUGCGCGCGUCCUAACUGGAAUAUUAUGGAACCUGCGUGAUUAUUUUGAAGACCCAGCAUAGUGCCAUGCCCAGGCACAUGGGCUCAGCCUGUGGCCUGUUCGUUGGGGAGUGAGAGCAGGUCUCAAAGCCAAGCAUCUGCCAGAAUUCCAUCAAGAUCACCAGGGCUUGGAAGUGCUGAGAAUAGCAGGCCAAGUGUGCAUAUAAAUACACAUGCUAAGCCAUUUGAGAAAUGGUCUCAAUAGAACAACUCUCUCUCACUUCAGAUACUUGGAACAAAACUGGUGUCAAGCACUCGCUUUGCCAUUUUUGAAACUGAAGCCCACUGUUCUGAACUGAAGGAUUUGUCUUUAUACUCCGCUCUUCUGAGACAUAUUAAUGUUAUGCCUUUUAAACCGUAUCAAAGGAAGAAUGUCUCCUUUUACUAACCUUUUGACUCUUUUGUAGUGGUGUGGGAUACUGUGAGUCACUGUGAAAUUGGCAAUCUGCGGUUGCCCAGUUUUGCAUUAAUAUAUGCAUAAUAUUUUUGUUAGCUUUGCUUCAUAUUGUGAAUACCUACAACAGCAGGAUCGAAAUUAGUUACUCUGAAUGAUAUGAUUUGGUUUGUUGUUCUCCGUUCUUUUUUUUUGUGUGUGUGUGCUGUGGUCAUAGGAUGCAUUAUUAUUUUUACAUUUAAAUUAGUUUAUAGAAGGGUAACUGCUCCUUUUAUAGCUGUUGUCACAUUCCUCGCCUUUCUGGCCUCCCAUGCACAGAAACAGCCUAGUGUAGAAAACAGCACCAAAGUGUGUGUGUAUAUAUAUAUAUAUAUAUAUAUAUAUAUACAUCGGUAUAUAUAUAGGUAUAUAUAGAUAUAUAUUAUAUAUAUAUAUAUAUAUAUAUAUAUAUUAUAUAUAAGUGUAAAAAUGUAGUUGUGUAGCUUUGGCAGUCUGAAAUACACUUUUGUGUCCUCAUUAAUGGGUAACCUCAGUUUAAACUUGGGAAUUCUUUAAAAACCCUUUCAAAGUCGCAAGUGUGUGCUCUCCAAAAUGGAAUAACUCUUUAGGAUAUUCCUUUUAUACAUACUGUUUAAAGUUGACAAGGGUCAUUGUCCCCAUCAGAAACCCUUUUUAAGUGACCGUACUUAAGCUUUAUAUAUGUACUAACUGUGGCAAACUGUGAAAUGGUUGAUUUGAAAUUUUAUAACCACACAAAGCAGCCAUAAGUGUUUUGGUUUUGUGAGCCUAUGAAUUGCUUAUGUUAAGUGCUGAAAAUGCAUACUGUACUUUGGCUUUCACACAGAAUGCGCUUAAAUGCAGUCAGCUUAAUAAAUGUCUCCAUCCUCAUGAAAAUAUUAUCUGCUAGCCUUUUCUACAAGGAGGUUUCCCAUUAGUUUUCCCAUGCCUUGUCGAGAAAAAAAAAAAAAAAAGGUCCUGCAUGUGGUGAUGAUGAACUGUGUGGUUGCAUAAUUUCAUAAUUUUUCUUCACUUCUCUCCCAUUUUGUGUGGAAAACAUUGUUGUAAACAUUGAUCAUUUUGAUGGAACAUUCACAUCUCUUGUUGCAUGUUUUUGUAUGUUUAGAAUACUAUAUUGAUGAAUUAUUUGAAUUGCAAAUAGAAAGGGUAUGACCCUACAGGAAUACUGGAAGUUUUUUGUUUUGGUUAUAAUCAAUUGCCACUACCUGAAAGAUCGAAGUUGCAUCUGUUGGACUUAAAUGUGAAUCCAAUUUUUUUGUAUCAUUUUUUUUUAAUGUUAUUAUUUUAACCAUAUUAACUGUAUGUUCAAGGUAUUUUUAUGUAGCAUUUUUUAAAUGGCAGACUGAUAGUUAACUGAUUUGUUAUCCUGAUAGUUUAGUAUUGAUUACAAUCGGAUAUACCAGGUUUUACUUUAUGAAGAGUCCCAAAACUUUCUGCUUUUUACUGGACCUUCACAACAUAUACAAUAUGCAUUUGUUUAUUCACACAUCCAGUCAUUCAUUCAUUCAUUCAUACAUACAUGUUGGAUAUAAAAAGCCAUCUUCUUACUAAACCACUCAAUGUGUCAAUCUUUUUUAAAUGAAAGACUGUUAUGGGAAUCUUCUUGCAUGAUAUAUGCAUGUAUCUUAGCUACAGAUCUUGAAUAAAUCGUUGAAUUCUAUUUGACUGUUACAUUAAUUAAACAAGUGUUUUUUCCGUAUUCUACCACCCCAUCCAGUUGUUUUAAUAAACUAGUCUAAUUACAAAAUAA